AUGGCUGAGAUCACGGUUUACACCAGGAAUGCUGCCUCUGCUAAUGGCCUCUCUGCUGCACCAAGCAAGAAGGGCCGCAAGAUCACCAGGAAAUGUGCAUCCUUGAUCAAGGAGCAACGAGCAAAGAUGUACGUCCUCCGCCGCUGCGCCACCAUGCUCCUCUGCUGGUAUAUUCAGGGAGAAGACUAA